CUACGGACUAGAAGCAGGCGGAUUGAAGGAUACAGAGCCCGGAGCUAACCCUCCCUUCUGCUCAGCAGGCAGAUUUGAAGGAGGCUUAUUAUUUUUUUUUUGGAAGGGGGGAGCGGCUGGGAGAAGAGUGGGGAAGGGGCAUCCAGCAGGGGCCGGGUCUUCUCCCUUGCCCACUCUCUAUGGACACUGGGGCCGCCGUCUGAAGCUGGAGCCACGCUCUCGCACUUGACGUGUGAGGUAGGGGAUGCGGUGGUGGGGCCCCCUGCUAUCCAGGACCCUCCCCCCAGGUCCCCGGAAUCGUUGCUCCGCCCGCCGCCCCCUCCCCCGUCCUCUCCACCCCCCAUCCCACCUCCCCACCCCUCUUAAGAAAAUAAUGCUAGCUGCCUUCCGUACCGCCCAGUCGUUCUCUGUUCGCUUUGAGAGAAGGGCUCCCGCUCCGUUUCCCUACCCGGACUCCUAACGAGUCGGCUGCUUAGCCUUGCGCCAGGUUCGGUUGAGCUUGGGCUCAGUGUGGAAUCUUGGAGCUUUCUGCCUAGGCACCGCUGGCACAAGAGAGGCGUCGCCUGCUGAGGAAGCUUCUCCAUUCCUCCCCACUCCUAAUUCCAGCCCCCGCUGGAAACAGCCAAGCUGUCCCGAGGUCCCGCGACAGCCUGAGCAGUCCUCGGAGCACUGGUGUGACUUCGAUUUUGGACACAAGACAGUCUUCACCCUAGCGAAAGCGGGUUUCCCUCUACUUCUUGCCUUCCCGGCUUCUCUUGCCUUCCCCGGAGACCCCGAUCGCUCUCCCUCCAGGCGCCACCCUACAUCGCUCAGGACGGGGGUGCCACGAUGCCCCGCGGCUCAGGGACCUGGGCCGCCCCCGACGUGUGACCCAAGCUUGGUCCCCUUGCUUGGCCCCCCACCCUCCCCUUGGCGCCCCUCAGCCUGCCCCCCAGGGGAAGAGGAAGAAACGGAGGGCGAGGGGGGCAUGUCCCGCUCCAAAAGCAUAAGCCCCCCGGGCUACGCAGCCCAGACGGCGGCUGCUCCCAGGGGUGGCGGGGAGCACCGCUCAGCUUGGGGAGAAGCGGAGUCUCGAGCCAAUGGGUACCCCUACCCUCCCGGGGGACUGACCCGCGGCUCUACUAAGAAGACUGGGGUGGCAGUGACCCCCCAGCAGCACCGCCUGGUAAGCCGCUGGCGCAACGAUGAAGACUACGAACCCCCGCUGGGCGGCCAGGACCCUCUCGGGGGCGGUUUCGGCUUCAGCUUUCGUUCCAAGUCAGCCUGGCAAGAACAAGGAGAAGACUGCUGUCGGGGCAGCCGUCGCCACCGCCGUGGGGCAGCGGGAGGGGGCAGCACCCGGGCCCCCCCAGCGGGCGGAGGAGGCGGCGGUGGCAGCGGCGGCGGGUCAGCCCCGUCCAGGCCGGGGGAACGGAGCACCGCGACCGUACAGGGGGGCGGGGCGGAGGUACGCCCUCGUUCAGUGGAGCUGGGUCUGGAUGAGCGGCGAAGCAAGGGCAAAGCGGCGGAGGAGCUGGAGCCCGGAGCCAGAACGGGCGGAGAGGAGGAGGCUGAGGACGCUGGCAGCUCGACGGGCUCGGGGUCCGGAGCCGCGCUCUCUCUGGGCGCCUGCUGCCUGGCUUUGCAAAUCUUUCGCUCCAAGAAGUUCCCGUCGGACAAACUCGAGAGGCUUUACCAGCGCUAUUUCUUCCGCUUGAACCAGAGCAGCCUCACCAUGCUGAUGGCAGUGCUGGUGCUCGUGUGCCUAGUCAUGCUGGCCUUCCACGCUGCCCGCGGCCACUACCAGCCUCCUUACCUGGCGGUGCUCUCCGCCGCCGUGGCCGUGGUGCUCCUCCUGGCCGUGUUCUGCAACAGGGCCAGCUUCCACCAGGACCACAUGGGACUGGCCUGUUACGCCCUCAUCGCUGUGGUGCUGGCCGUCGAGGUGGUGGCCCUGCUGCUGCCUCAGCCCCGCAGUGCCUCGGAGGGCAUUUGGUGGACCGUGUUCUUCAUUUACACCAUUUACACGUUGCUGCCUGUCCGCAUGAGGGCUGCCGUGCUUAGCGGGGUGCUGCUCUCUGCCAUACACCUUGCCAUCUCCCUGCAGGCCAACUCUGAGGACCAGUUCUUGCUGAAGCAGCUUGUCUCCAAUGUCCUCAUCUUCUCCUGUACCAACAUUGUGGGAGUAUGUACCCAUUACCCAGCGGAGGUCUCCCAAAGACAAGCCUUCCAGGAGACGAGGGAAUGUAUCCAGGCUCGGCUGCACUCACAGAGGGAAAACCAGCAGCAGGAGCGUCUCCUGCUGUCUGUCCUUCCCCGUCACGUUGCCAUGGAGAUGAAAGCGGACAUCAAUGCCAAGCAAGAAGAUAUGAUGUUCCACAAGAUUUACAUCCAGAAACAUGACAAUGUGAGCAUCCUCUUUGCAGACAUUGAGGGCUUCACUAGCCUGGCUUCCCAGUGCACGGCGCAGGAGCUGGUCAUGACUCUCAAUGAGCUGUUUGCCCGUUUCGACAAGCUGGCCGCAGAGAAUCACUGUUUACGUAUUAAAAUCUUGGGAGAUUGCUAUUACUGUGUCUCUGGGCUUCCUGAGGCCCGGGCUGACCACGCUCACUGUUGUGUGGAGAUGGGCAUGGACAUGAUUGAGGCCAUCUCGUUGGUCCGAGAGGUGACCGGGGUGAAUGUGAACAUGCGUGUGGGGAUUCACAGUGGUCGAGUACACUGUGGAGUGCUUGGACUGAGGAAGUGGCAAUUUGAUGUCUGGUCCAACGAUGUGACAUUAGCCAACCACAUGGAAGCAGGAGGCAAAGCUGGGCGCAUCCAUAUCACCAAGGCCACACUGAACUAUCUCAAUGGUGAUUAUGAGGUAGAGCCUGGCUGCGGGGGUGAACGCAAUGCCUACCUCAAGGAGCACAGUAUAGAAACCUUUCUUAUCCUGCGCUGCAGCCAGAAGAGGAAAGAAGAGAAGGCCAUGAUUGCCAAAAUGAAUCGCCAGCGAACCAAUUCCAUUGGACACAAUCCCCCGCCCUGGGGCGCCGAGCGGCCCUUCUACAACCACCUGGGGUCCCACCAGGUCUCAAAGGAGAUGAAGAGGAUGGGUUUUGAAGACCCCAAGGACAAGAACACCCAAGAAAACAUGAACCCGGAAGAUGAGGUGGAUGAGUUCCUGGGCCGAGCUAUUGAUGCCAGGAGCAUUGAUCGGCUGAGGUCAGAACACGUCCGGAAGUUCCUCUUAACUUUCAGAGAGCCUGACUUAGAGAAAAAGUAUUCUAAGCAGGUGGACGACCGCUUCGGUGCCUACGUGGCCUGUGCCUCCCUUGUCUUCCUCUUCAUCUGCUUUGUCCAGAUCACCAUCAUGCCACACUCCAUGUUUAUGCUGGCUUUCUACUUGACCUGUUUCCUGCUGUUGACCAUAGUGGUGUUUGUCUCCGUGAUCUACUCCUGUGUAAAGCUUUUCCCAGCACCGCUGCAGACUCUCUCUAAGAAGAUUGUCCAGUCCCGGACCAACAGCACCGUAGUUGGGGUCUUCACCAUUAUCCUGGUUUUCCUGUCUGCAUUUGUCAACAUGUUCAUGUGCAACCCUGUAGAUUUGUUCAGCUGCCUUGCAGAGGAGCACAACAUCACCGUGAACCAAGUCAACGCCUGCCAUGUGGGUGAAUCAGCUUUCAAUUACAGCCUGGGCAUUGAGCAGGGCUUCUGUGGCAACCCCUGGCCCAACUGCAAUUUUCCAGAGUACUUCACCUACAGCGUCCUGCUCAGCCUGCUUGCCUGCUCCGUGUUCCUGCAGAUCAGCUGCAUCGGGAAGCUGGCACUGAUGCUGAUCAUUGAGGUUAUCUACGUGCUCCUGGUGGAGGUGCCUGGAGUCACACUCUUCGACAACGCCGACUUGCUGGUCACAGCCAACGUCAUUGAUUUCUCCAGCAACAACGGAACGAUGCAGUGUCCCGAGCAUGUGACAAAGGUAGCCCUGAAGAUCAUGACGCCCAUCAUUAUCUCUGUCUUUGUGCUGGCUUUGUACCUUCAUGCCCAGCAGGUGGAGUCCACAGCUCGGCUAGACUUCCUCUGGAAACUUCAGGCCACAGAGGAGAAGGAGGAGAUGGAGGAGCUCCAGGCCUACAACAGAAGGCUGCUACACAACAUUCUGCCCAAGGAUGUGGCGGCACACUUCCUGGCUCGUGAGCGGCGCAAUGAUGAGCUGUAUUACCAGUCGUGUGAAUGUGUGGCUGUCAUGUUUGCCUCCAUUUCCAACUUCUCUGAGUUCUACGUGGAGCUGGAGGCCAACAACGAGGGGGUGGAAUGUCUCCGACUGCUCAAUGAGAUCAUCGCUGACUUUGAUGAGAUCAUCAGUGAAGAUCAGUUUCGGCAGCUGGAGAAGAUCAAAACCAUUGGCAGCACUUACAUGGCAGCCUCUGGCCUCAAUGAUUCCACCUAUGACAAAGCAGGGAAGACACAUAUCAAGGCCCUGGCAGACUUUGCCAUGAAGCUAAUGGACCAAAUGAAAUACAUUAAUGAACACUCCUUCAACAACUUCCAGAUGAAGAUAGGGCUCAACAUUGGCCCUGUGGUGGCUGGGGUGAUCGGAGCUCGCAAGCCUCAAUAUGAUAUUUGGGGCAACACAGUGAAUGUGGCCAGUCGCAUGGAUAGCACUGGCGUGCCCGACCGCAUCCAGGUGACCACAGACAUGUACCAGGUGCUGGCCGCCAACACAUACCAGCUGGAGUGCCGGGGUGUCGUCAAGGUGAAAGGCAAAGGGGAGAUGAUGACCUACUUCCUCAACGGAGGACCUCCACCCAGUUAGCAGCAGGCAGGGUGGGCAAAGCUGUACCAGGCAGACCGGCUUUUGGAGAAUUGGAAAAUGACUUCUUUUGUGCCAGGCAAGGUGGGCAGGCCUAGCUCUAGUGCCCACAGGGUGUCCUGGUGUAUUUUUCCACAGUGACUCCAAAACCAGCUUUCUCCUCUCCUUGGGGGCAGGAGCCCCAGAAGGACCCUGGGGGAGCCAACUUCCCUGAGAGCACUAAGUUGACCAAAGAUGUAUCUGGCUCUAUAUGUCGGCUAGGAGAAGACCUGAAUCAUUUGAGUUUUCUAACUGACGGCAGCGUCAGUUCCAUAGGGUGGAAAAGAGCUUAGUAUUUAUUGGUGUAGUGCAACCUGACACACUCGUGGAAGAGGCAGGUGCUGCCUGGGGAAGACUUCAUGCCCUCAGGGGUAAGGACCUGGGGCAUCAGCCAGGGAAAGCUCGGGGAUCCCCACAGAUGCUGCUUUUCUGUGCAAGCUUUUUAAAACUCAGAUGGGGGCCUGGCCUUUGUUCCACUGAGGCCUUCUGGCAUUGCUGGCCGUGGCACUGUCACAGGAAGGACUUCUAGCCAUAUUAACUGUGCCCUCCUUCAUCCUCCCCAUUCCCCUUUAUGAGCAGGCAGUACACCCAGUCUAAACAAGACUCUUUCCAAGGCGGGGAGGGGAAUGGAAGGGGUAGGAGGCUCCCGUGGCUCUGAGAAAAGCGAGUAUUUAUUAAACAAAACAAAAAUGGUUCUCCGUGCCCUUCUUUAGCACGUGCUAGUUUGCCGCGUUCGAGAGACACAAGUAAAUCAACACUUCAGGCCAGGGUGCUGAGGUUUGGGGAAGGGAGGGAUCCCAGCCCUGAGAGUUGUCAUUUUUGUAUCUUUUAUUUUGUAAUAUUGAAAACUUGGAGAUCUAACAGAGAUACCAAAUUCUAUAUUUUGUAAAUUCUCUAUAUCAGAAAGCGGCUGUGUGCAGCAGGGUGUCGUUGCUGGUGUCUGGCUUGUCUAUUUGUACGUAUGUAUAUAAGCUAUGGAGCCAGGCCCCGGUGUGUGCUGUCGGCUCAUUUCCCAUUUGGCAGUUUUCAGUUUUACAGGGUACAAUCAGCGGUAGGUUUAUCUGCUUCUGGGACCUCAGGGUAAAUUAGGUACUGUACUUUCACAGUAGGAGUACACACACACACACACACACACACACACACACACACACACAUCUCACUUCCCCCUAUAGAAGAACAUAAAUGGUGAGUGCCAGAACCACUAGAAGGUUUCUUUCCAGAGCUGAGGUAGGUUUGUGGAGAAUUCUUACCCUCUUUAUAAAUAGCAUUACUGUCCCAGUGGCCUCACCAUCCUACCACAUCAAUAUAUUUUCAUCUAAAAAGGUUUUAUUUUGCUGUACUUGAACCAUCUUUGAGCCUGUCUGGGCUACCCUUACUAUAACGGGACUUGAAAAUAGCGCUAAGUGCCAUUUGCUGGUUUCAAUUUGAUUUCUGUGAAGAGCCUUCGACCAGUUCAUCCCUCCUUUUUUCUUUUUUUCUUAAAAAAAAAGCCAACUGACAAUUCAUCUACCUGUCCAAGUUGGUUCAGGAGCAGGUAGAUUUCCAUAGAGGACCCUUCCUCCAGACCUGGAACAGUGCACCUCAAAAUGGUCAUCAGAUCCUUAGCUCUGUGCUCCAUACCAAUGUCCAGGUGGCCCCCUUUUCCCUUUGCCCCUGGUGGUCUGAAUCAUGACAGUAGAACAUAAGAGUUCCUUGAAAGAAACAAAUAUUUGUUUUGUAUUGUGGGUUUGUUUUUUCUUUCUCUUUCUUUUUUUUUUUGGUUGCUUGUUUUUAGUUUGGGGGUUUUUUUGGUUUUUGUAUGCCCAGCUUCUAGACAUAAUAGCUCCUUAAUACAUGUUGGAGGAAUUGAAUUGGAAAUAAAUCCUUGAGGUUUUCUUUUAAAGAUAACAUAAAGAACUCUGUUUUUGUUUUGUUUUUUGGUUUUUUUUUGUAAUCUGUAGAGUGAAGGGAGAGUUUUGAUAACUAGUUAGGCUGUACACAGUGAAGAGAUACUUAGACCAAGUCCAAUGUCUGGGGGCGGAUCCAUAUCUUUCCUACUCUUCACUCUUCUCAGGGCAGAAUCACUCUCUGGGGCUCUCAUGGAGAACCAAAAUUGGGGCCUGUUUUACUGUGCUCCACAAUGAAAAUUAUUAUGUGCACAGAAACUUGUUUUCCUCUUGCUGAGAUGUCCUAGGUUGUGCAUGUAUGCAUGCACAGACACACACACACACACACACACACACACACACACACACACACACACACACGGCCCACUACAUAAUGCCACUUAAUCUCAGCCUUUUAUUUCCAACUCCCCUGACCAACUCUCCACCAUGACAGCCUGACUGCAAUAUGCUGUUCCCCUCACUCCCAGUUAGGGCACAUCUCUGAGGAGCAAAGUGUAUAAACUGUAAAACUGCCAAGUCCGCCUUUGUAUUAUAUUUCUGCUGUUACAUCCUUUAAGUUUUAUGAAGCACCUGUGUUUCCCACUGUAUUCUGUUGGCUUUCUUUCAUACCCAUGGUUGUUUUCGUUUCUGUUAAGGUUUGCUUCCAAUUUGAGUAAAGUAUGUACUCAAUCUGCCUGGGUCCCCGUGCUUCCUCUCUACUGCUGGUCUUUGUUAGAAACAUCUCCAACCUGGAGAGGUCCUCUCCCACUUCCCCUUGUCACUUUUCUCAGUCUCUUCCCUUUUCCCCUAAAUUUCUCUCCCUUUUUUCUCUCUCCAGUUAUCCUCCUUAUGCCUCAGUUUUGCCAUCUGUAAAGUGAGGGGGUAGAAUAAGUUGAUCCAUAAUUAUAGUCCCUUCCAGGCCUUGAACCUAUAAAACUUCUCUCCCUGCCUGUCUGUCCCUUCUACCCCCUUUCUACCCCAAGCUGUGACUGUUGAUGACGUAUAGAUCUUAAGCAUCAUUUUUCUCUAAGGAGUGUGCACUGUUUAUUCCUGAUCUUGCAAAAAAACAAAAAAACAGAUACAAUUAUGAUUUCCCAUGGAAAUUGAAAAAGUCUAUUUAAAUAAUUUAACUAUUAAACACUUUCACUGGUAA